AUGACUGAAGUGCGCGACAACAAGGAUCUUCGCAAGGACGAGUUCGAUGCGGUCCACGCCUACUUCAUCGGGCCCAAGGGCACGAACCUGCCUGACUUCCGCGCCAACAUCAACACCAUUCUCGAUGAACUCCUCGUAGCCCGUCAGAGCUAUUAUCCUGAAGACCAAGCCUUCAUAUCCAAGGAAUACCGACGCUCUCCGGUCUUCCAGAAAGCGCGCUCCGACCUCCGCCUAGCCACCGAAAAGGUCGCACAGCUUCUAGGCGAGCACUCGGCUCCCUUCUGGUCCCCGCGUUACGAGGCGCACAUGUGCACUGACUUGACCAUGUCGUCCCUGCUCGGGUACUUUAUGACCAUGCUGUACAACCCCAACAAUGUCGCGCUUGAGGCAAGUCCGAUGACGACGCUAGUGGAGCUGAGGGUUGGACAGCAGCUUUGCAAGCUGUUUGGGUACAAUACUGAUCCGCAGAAGAAUCCUCUUUCUUGGGGUCACAUCACUUGCGAUGGAACUAUUGCAAAUUUGGAGUCGAUUUGGGUCGCCCGAAACCUCAAGUUCUACCCUCUCAGUCUUUGUAUGGCAAUCCGUAGAGGCAAGCUUCAGUUCAUUGGCGACAGAUUCUAUGCAUCUUCAUGCUUCCACGCGCCAGCCAAGACCAAGUUUAAAGACCUUCAAGGAUGGGAUCUUGUCAACCUUCCCUCUGAGGUCAUCCUUGACUUGCCCGAUCAGCUGAACAAGCAAUUUGGUAUCACGAGCAAAUUUCUCGAGAGUGCCCUGAAUGAGUACAAUAUUCAGACUAUAGGACGCGAGCUCCUCGAGAAGGAGUUCAAUAUUAGCAACCCUAUCAAAUACUUUGUCAGCAAGACUCGACAUUACUCGUGGCCCAAGGGCGUCGCAAUUGCCGGCCUUGGCUCAGGUAACGUCGUCGGGGUAGACGUAAACAACGCCGCCCAAAUCGACAUCAAACUCCUUGAAGAACACCUCCACGAAUGCGUCACAUCAAGAACCCCAGUUUUCGCAGUCGUAGCCAUCAUUGGUUCUACCGAAGAAGGCGCCGUUGACAGGCUGACCGAGAUCCUCCGUCUGCGCAAGAUGUUCCAAGAGGAAUACGGCUUGUCUUUUCUGGUCCAUGCCGACGCUGCUUGGGGUGGUUACUUUGCUACCAUGGUCAACCCUGACAGACGUUACAGCGUCGAGGAGCAGUCUGGCGCAAAGCCCGAGCCAGAGUGGUACCUUGAUCCCAAGACGGUUGAAGAUAUCAAGGCUAUGGCCGAGGCCGAUUCUAUCACGGUUGAUCCCCACAAAGCGGGUUACAUCCCCUACCCCGCUGGAAGCUUGGUUAAGCCCGGUGCAUCGGCCAUGUCGGCAUGGUUCUCUAACCAGACCAUCGGUCUCAACCAUUGCGGCUAUGGCAAACUCCUUGGUGAAGCAACGUUCACCAGCGCAAGAGGUAACAAGAAGUUCCUCUCCACAUCCGUCAAGAACCAGCGUGAGAAGAUCCGUGAUCUCAUCGUCACCAAGACGGAUACCGAGAUCUUCGCAUCCAAAGAAGCUAUGAAGAUCAUCCGCGAUCUGGGUUCUGACACCAACAUCAAUUGUUUCGCCAUCAAUUGGAAGGAUGAAAAUGGUGUUUUGAACACGGAUCUUGAAGAAGCGAAUUAUCUCAUGAAGAGGGUCGUGGAUAAACUUUCUAUCACGUCACCUAACACGGAUCCUUCUACAAUCCCGAUCUAUCUUACGUCGACCCAAUUCCUCCCUGAAGACUAUGGUGCUUGUGCGCAUAAGUUCAUGGAGAGAAUGGGGGUUCAUAAAUCGGACCAGAGUCUGUUCGUCAUUCGAAACGUUGUUAUGAGUCCCUUCCCUACUAAGAGGGACUUCAUUUCUACUAUAAUGAAGGACUUGGAGAAAGUCAUUCGAGAUGAAGUCGAUGUUUGCAGAAAGAGGAACAAACCCGGUGAGAAGAACCUCCAGUUCCUUGUGCAGGGCUCGUCCGGCUCACCUGAAGUGUAUCUCGUGUUCCAAGCUUCCUUCCACAGCGUGACUCGACGACAGCAGGUCAUCAUUUCCGCUGAGCUUGACGAUACCCUCAAGGAGUUCUUCAAGAAGAGGUUGGAGGAAAGUCGCGAUACCAUUAUUAUGGUGGAGUCUGAGAAGAAGCUCUAUGUGAAGGACAUCAUCAAUGGUAUUCCCGACGGAUGCAAUAUGUCGGUGUUCAUGUUCGAAAAGGACUUGGGGCUGUACGAGAAGGAGAAGGGCGUGGUCAAACUCAAAUCUCUGGUUAAGAGUCGCCCACUAAACUCUAUCCAUCGCGACAUCGACUAUCCCGAUAAAUUCAUGCCGUUCUACCUCUACGGUUCAGACCAUGAGGCUCACGUAACCCACACUCUUGUCAAGUCUCCCAACAUUUCCCUCUCGGCUAGCUCCGUUUCUUUCAAUCCAGCUCUCCCUGCUCCCGUCACCUCUCUCCUCCCACAAGGUCUGAUUCUUGGUCUUGUCGAAAUUCCCGAGGCGUCCGUUCAGCCGUUUUCCGAGCAAAACAGCGAUCUCUCCGAGGAUUUCUUCUUUGCUCCAGGAAAGAAGUUCAAGGUGGCUAUCUACAAGGAUCCUAAGGAACCCACUGCCGAUGGUCCAGGGCUGUUGGAGAAUCUGGGUACAGCGCUGUUUGAAGCCGAGAUGACGCUGGGUGAGAAUGUCUUUGUUGAUGCAGAGGGGCCGAAUGAGGACAAAUUGAAGGACAUCAAGGUCGAGAGUGAUGAUUGGCAGAGAAAGUUGGAUGAGAUUGGUGCUGUCUUGGACGGAUCGCACGUCAACUGUAACUAG